CCCCCUCUGCUGCAUCAGCACCAACCUCCCUCCAUCCUUGAGCAGCAGCCUCCCGGCCGGAGCAGGGAGCUUCGCCCGGUGCUGCAGUAACCCACAGCCUCCCCCCACCUCCUCCUCUUCCUCUCCCCCCCCACGCCGCCCCAGCAGCAGCCCCCCCCCCCGCGCCCGGCUCGCAGGGUCUGCGGCAGCAGGAGGAAGCGGCAGCAGCCAUGAAGGACCGUACUCAGGAGCUGAGGACUGCCAAAGACAGCGACGAUGAAGAAGAGGUGGUUCAUGUGGACCGGGAUCAUUUUAUGGAUGAAUUCUUUGAACAGGUGGAGGAAAUCCGCGGCUGCAUAGAGAAGCUGUCGGAGGACGUGGAGCAGGUGAAGAAGCAGCACAGCGCAAUCCUGGCUGCCCCCAACCCAGACGAGAAGACCAAGCAGGAGCUUGAGGACCUCACGGCCGACAUCAAGAAGACGGCCAACAAGGUGCGCUCCAAGUUGAAAGCCAUCGAGCAGAGCAUUGAGCAGGAGGAGGGGCUGAACCGGUCCUCGGCUGACCUGCGGAUCCGUAAAACACAGCACUCCACCCUGUCCCGUAAGUUCGUGGAGGUGAUGACGGAGUACAACGCCACCCAGUCCAAAUACCGGGACCGCUGCAAGGAUCGGAUCCAGAGGCAACUGGAGAUAACUGGCCGGACAACCACCAACGAAGAGCUCGAAGACAUGCUGGAGAGCGGCAAACUGGCUAUUUUCACUGAUGAUAUCAAAAUGGACUCACAGAUGACAAAACAGGCUCUGAAUGAGAUCGAGACCCGACAUAAUGAGAUCAUCAAACUGGAAACCAGUAUCCGCGAGCUGCAUGACAUGUUUGUGGACAUGGCUAUGUUGGUGGAGAGCCAGGGGGAGAUGAUUGACCGCAUUGAAUAUAACGUGGAGCACUCCGUUGACUACGUGGAAAGAGCUGUGUCCGACACCAAGAAAGCUGUAAAAUACCAGAGCAAGGCUCGGAGGAAGAAAAUUAUGAUUAUAAUUUGUUGCGUGGUCCUUGGUGUAGUUCUUGCUUCCUCAAUUGGGGGGACUCUGGGGUUGUAAAUUAAAGCAAAAAAUAUUAUAAUAAUAAUAAUAAUAAUAUAAUAAUUUAAAGAAAAAUUGUACAUGCAAUGGAUAUAACAGCACAUGUUCCAGCUACCUAUACAUACACUCCUUGGGGGUCAGCAAAUCUAAGUUUCUUGUUCUCCGCCAUCUUUCCAUCCAUCUCUCCAUCCCCCAGAUGCCUGGGUUCUCCCCAGAUCUUCCGACAUCCUUGACCACUGGUAGGAGGGUGUCGAUUUGUCUCAUAACCACCUUUGGGAUCACAGUGACCCAAAGCUCUGGUUCCUCUUCACAUCAGGGCUUAGCCUGGAAGGAUGAUGUGGUGAUCUGUCCUUUGUUAACGCUAUCGUGUUUUGGGUUCUGCUGGGGAUGGUGUGGCCAAUAGUAGAGGGGAAAAAUACCAGUAAAAUACAUGGGAAACUAGCAUAACAGGAUAUUAUCCUGUCAAUACUAGAAUGUUAAGGAAUGCCAUAGUGAUUACCAAUCAGUUGUUAUGAAAAAAAAUACCAGUUUUUUCUAGGAAAUACUACAGUACCUGAAUCUUACACUGUCAAUACUAGCCCACUGAGGAAAAGAUGAGUCGUUAUCCAUCAGUCAUUAUGGAAAAAAUACCAGAGAAUUAUAUGAAACAUUAGAGCAGCAAACUAUUACAAUAUCAGUACUAAAAUAUUAAGGAAUAUCAGAAUGAUUACCAGUCAGUCACCGGUGGGGGUGGGGGACAGACUGCUAUAUAAAAUACUAGAGUAACAGGAAACAGUGUUCAUACUAGAGCAUUGAGGAAUUCAAGAGCAUCCAAUUAUACCUGAGGAUGAAUGAAGCACGAUCCCAAAAUACUAAUAGUAACAUACUAGUCCUGCAGUAUCCAGGAAAACUAGAGUACUUGUAUUAACAUAUAGAGGAAUGCUACAGCAGACUCCAAUGCUAUAGUAUCAAUGCUACAGUAUCAAUGCUACAAUAUCAAAAAUGCUAGAGUACAAAUACUGUCGUUCCAAAGAAUGCUGUCAUAUCUCAGAAUACUUCAAUAUCAUUGUUACUGCAUCCAGAUGUAUGAAAGCAAUGCUACUACAGUGCCCAAGAACCCAAACUGCUUCUACUGCAGUACCCAGGAAUAGUGGAGUAUUUAUGCUACACUAGCAAGAAUGCUAGAGUACUGAUAUUACAGUAGUCAUGAAUACUGGAGUAGCAAUACAAUAGUAUGUAAGAGUGUUAAAACUGUCCAGAUUAAGUCAUCCCUCAUCAGAAGAUAUGAGAAUACUACAAAAUACUCCAGUUUCUAAAGAUACUCCAGUAUGCUUGACUUGGGGAAGUACAUGGCUAUUCCAGCUCACGCCUAUUUCCAAUUACACAUGCCAGGAAUGGUUGCCACUAUGUCAGGUGUUAUUGAAAAAGAAAUGAGCAUUACUACAGAAAUGCUACAAAACCAAAUAAUACUCCAAGCUGUGAACAAAAAAUAUUAUUAAGUUAUUAAUGAUCAGGAAAUGUAUUACACUACUCCAGAGUAACAAUACUGUGCCAUUGUAAAAUAUACUAGAAUAAUGUACACUGACCAGGCAAAUGACACAGUACUUGAGGGUAAUAAUAGUAAUACAUGAUCUCAAAUACAACAGCCUUAGGAAGGAUAUUACUGUGGUGUCCUAGUGCAAUGUUGGCUCCUACAACCUAAGCCCUCACAAAAUACUGGCGUAUAAGUACUCCCAAACACUACACCCUUAUAAAACACUAGAAUAAUAUUCUAAAGUAAUAACAGCUCCCAAAUACUAAAUUCUUGUAAAAUACUAGAGUAAUAAUGGCAUCCCAAAAUGCAAACACCAUAUAAGAUACUAGAAAAAUAAGGGCUCCCAAAUACUACAACCUUAUAAUAAUUCUGCAGCAAUAUAGAGUAAUAAUGGCUACCCAAAUAUUACACCCUUAUAAUACAUUCAGGUAAUAUAUAAAUACCGGACAUACAGGUUUCUGGGGAGGAAAAUCCCACAGUAUUUUAGACUAAUAGUGGUGCCCAAAUACUACACCUUUAUAAAAUUGCUUGGAUACUAUACAUAAUGACUGGUAAUUAUUAGUAAUAAAUGCUAAAUUGUAUGUCUAUGGAAAAAUAUCAUAGUAUUCUAGAGUAAUGGGCUACACAUUUAUUUAAAAAUACUAGAGUUAUAUAGAGUAAUGUUGAAUAUGCAACAUUGUGCCUAAGAAAAGAAAAAAUACAAUAUGCUGGAGUGAGAGUAAGUGGCCAAGUAAAUACGUCCUUGAUAAAUAUAUUAAAGGAAUAUGGAGUAAAAAUGGAUAUCCAAAUAGCAUCUCUUUGAGAAAAAUACUAUGGUAGUCUUCAGUAACAAUGGCUUGCCAAGAUCUACACCAUUGUAAACAUCUCAAAUAUUAUACCCUCAUUCAAAAAGAAUCAUAGAAUAGGGCAAUGGUUCCCCACUAGGGGUCUGGGCCCUCUGGGGAAUCACAAGCAGGUUUCAGGGGGGCCGCCAAGCAGGACCAGUGUUAGACUUGCUGGGGCCCAGGGCAGAAAGCUGAAGUCCCACUGCACGGGGCUGAAGCAGAAGCCUGAGCAACAUAGCUUCAGAGUGCCCCCUGUGGCGUGGGGCCCUGGGCAACUGCCCUGCUUGCUACCCCCUAAUGCCGGUCCUGGCUUUUAUAUGCAGAAAACCAGUUAUUGUGGAACAGGUGAGACAUGGAGUUUUUAUAGCAUGUUUGUGGGGCCUCAGAAAGAAAAAGGUUGACAACCCCUGGAAUAGAAUAUAAUAACAAUGAAACCCAAAUACUGCAUUCAUAUACAAAUAUUGCACUAGAGUAUAUUAGUAAUAGCUCUGUGGGUAAUACAAUUAUAGUACAGAAUAAUAAGGGAUGUUCAAAUAU